UGGCUAUGAAGAAAAGAACAUCAUUUCAUAUAAUAAGUACAGACUUGUGACUCUUAUCACAACUACAUUUGCUCAAUAUCGCUGAUCUGAUGCUCUCCAUGAUCACUUUGUUCCAAUCCAUUGAUAAAUUUCUUUGCUAUUAUUUCUGAUCUGUUUCUGGAGAAGGAAUACGAGUUACCAAAAAAAUCAAAAGUGAAAAAACAAAAACAAAAAAUUGCAGAAGUAGAGAACGAACGAAAGAAACAAGGAAAGAAAAUGGAGAUUGUGGUGUCAAUUGUUGGAAAAAUUGGAGAAUACUUAGUUCCUCCUUUCGGAGAACAUGUUGGCUAUCUGAUUUCCUACAAGAAGAACAUCAUGAAAGUAAACGAGCAUUAUCAGAAGCUACUUUUAAAGAAGGAGGCCGUGCAACAAUCCGUUGAAGGAGCCAAUUGGAAUCAACAAGUAAUUGCACGUGAAGUUCAGACAUGGCAAACAAAUGUGGACAUAAGAAUUGAAGAGCUACGAAAAUUCCUUGAAGAAGAUGUUAAUGCUGAUACGAUGUGCUUGAAUGGCUGGUGCCCAGACCUGAAGUCUCGUUACUCCUUAGGUAAGAAGGCUCAAAAGAAUACUCAAGCCAUAAAUGAGCUAUUACAAGAAGGUAAAGAAUAUGAUCGGGUGUUCAAUCCUGCUCCUCCGUUGGAAGUAGGAUCAACAUCCAAUGGACGCUUUAAGAACUUUGAGUCAAGAAAGACAAAGAUUAACCAAGUUUUGGAGGCUCUAAGGGAUGACAAGAUGGACAUGAUUGCGAUAUGUGGUAUGGGAGGCAUCGGAAAGACUGAAAUGGCCAAAGAGAUAGCCAAAAGAGUAAAAGAUGAUAAUUUAUUUGAUAAAGUUCCAUUUGCAAUGGUGUCUCAAGUUCCAGACCUGAAGCAGAUUCAAGCCGCAAUUGCGGAGUGCCUCGGCCCGAAACUUAAUGAAGAGUCUUUAACAGGAAGAGCAACUCAACUACAUUCAAGACUGGUGAAGAAUAAGAAGGUCCUCAUAAUAUUGGAUGAUGUUUGGGAACCACUUGAUCUCGAGGCUAUUGGAAUUCAUCAUGGAGAUAAAGAUAAUAGUUGGAAAAUCUUGCUUACCUCAAGAAAUGAAGAAACUUGGGGAACGGCAUUCGGUUGUGCUAGCUGCUGUGCUGAGCUGUGUGAGGGUGCAGCGCAUUCUGUUGCGCCAAUAUCCCCCCGCGAUGCAAGCGAUGCAGGGGGAACGGCAUUCGGUUGUGCUAGCUGCUGUGCUGAGCUGUGUGAGGGUGCAGCGCAUUCUGUUGCGCCAAUACAAAUGAAUACUCAGAAGAAUUUUCCAAUCGAACUCUUAUCUAAAGAAGAAGCAUGGAAUUUUUUUAGAGAGAUGGUAGGUGAUUCUUGUAUUGGUAUCCCCAGUCUACGACUAAAAGCCAAAAUGGUUGAAGAGGAAUGUGGACGUUUACCUAUUGCUAUUGCAAUUGUUGGAAGUGCUAUGAAGGACAAUAGCGAUGAAAAUGUGUGGGAUGCCGCGCUUGAGCAGCUUAAAAAGUCUAUUCCACAAUAUAUCCCUGGUCUAAAUCCAAAGGUCUAUGCCAGCAUAGAGUUCAGUUACAUUCAUUUAAAAAGUAAAGAUGUCAAGUCGUGCUUCCUUCUAUGUUGUUUGUUUCCAGAAGAUUAUGAUAUACCUAUUGAGGAUUUAGUAAGAUACGGAGUUGGACGAAGGUUGUUUGCAAACAUUGAUACGAUAGCAGAAGCAAGGCGAAGGGUCCAUGCAAUAGUUCAAAAUCUUAAAAGAUCAAAUCUAUUGCUAGAUAGUGGGAAAAAAGAAUUCAUUAAAAUGCAUGAUGUUGUACGAGAUGUUGCCAUAUCAAUUGCAUCCAGAGAUGAACAUGGUUUUAUGGUCAGAUAUGAUGUUGGACUUGAAGAAUGGCCACAAAAUGAUACAUAUGAAGGCUUUGCCGCAAUUUCUCUUAUGCUUGGAAAAACAACAAAACAUCCUGAAGGGUUGAACUGUUCUAGACUUCAGCUUCUGCGGCUGUCAUCUUCCGCUUUUCCACUCCCACCUAAUAUGUUUGAUGGAAUGAAGGAACUAAGAGUGUUGUCUUUGGAAAGAAUGUCUUUGGAACCAUUGCCACCAUCAAUUCAGGUCCUUAAGAACCUUCGAAUGUUGAUGUUGGAGUACUGUUCUGACAAAUUAAAAAAUGUGUCGAUAAUUGGAGCGCUUGAGAAACUAGAAAUGCUGAGCUUUUGUGGUUCUGAGAUCGAAGAGGUUCCAAAGGAAAUAGGAAAUCUUAGUCAGCUGAAGUUGCUAGAUGUGUCGAGAUGCCGUUCUCUUGAGCGAAUUGCAGCUGGUGUCCUAUCUCGUUUAUCUCGACUGGAAGAAUUGUACUCGUACGAAUUUGAUAAAUGGAAAUCUACGGGAGAAAAUGGAGGAGGAAUAGAUAAUGCAAACCUUGCCGAAAUAAUCCCGUAUUCCCAUCAAAUUAUGGCUUUAGAAAUUUCUCUACCAAGUAUAAAGUUCUUGCAACAAGACUUGCACUUCAAAAACCAAAAGAUGAAAUUUAGGAUGAGAAUUGCACCAAGAUUUCAAUGGCUAGAACUUGAUUCAACUUCAGAAGACGAAUUGGUGCUCCAUGGUGACGCCAAAGAUAUUGUGGAAAAGCGGGCGAAUAUUUCUCCACUAUUGGAUAAAUCUCAAGUUUUGUUAUUGAAGAAUAUAAAAAACUCAAAAUGUCUUUUGCAUGAUUUAGACCGAAAAGGUUUUCCAUGCUUGAAGGAUCUUCAAGUUUAUGAAUGUAAAGAUGAAGAAUAUUUGCUCGAUGUCAGACCAGACGACACUCUACAUGCUGCUGCCUUCCCUCUCUUGGAGUCACUAAAGCUCACCAAGUUGGCUAAUUUAAAAGAGAUAUAUCAUAGCAAAGUCUCGAAGAGGCCCUUUAGUGGUAGAGGUGCCCUCAACAACCUAAGAUCUCUUCAGUUAUGUGAUUGCGGGAGUUUGAAGCAUGUCUUUUCAAUGCCCAUAGUGAGCAGUUUGGUUCAACUCCAAGAGUUACACGUAAGUUAUUGUAAAAAUAUAGAACAAAUUUUCUCUUUUGGUGGCGGAGAACAUAAGAAAGCAUUGUCUGAAAUGAAUUUGGCGAAAUUGACAAAAAUAAUACUCGGGAAUCUACCAGUGCUCAUUGGAUUUUGUAAAGCAAUGGAUCCUGUUGAUGAGCAUCCCCAAUCUACCACCCAAGCAUCCUUGUAUCAAGAGAUAAAAGGAUCUGGCACUGAAGUAACAUCUGUCUCUCAUAAACUAUUUUCAUCCAACACCAUUUCUUGGAUACCCAAUUUAGAAGUACUUGAGGUUCAGAAGUCCCAUUCGCUACAAGUGCUAUUUAAUUUGGAAGGACAAAAGGUCAAAGAGGACUGUACACUUUCUCAAUUGACAACUCUGUACUUAGUCGAUUUAUCCGCAUUGACACAUGUGUGGAAGAAUAUUCCGCAAGGAUUUCAAGGCUUUCAGAAUCUCAUGACAAUUAAAAUCAGCGAUUGCCAUAAUCUAACAUAUUUGUUUUCAACUUCUGUUGCGAAACUGCUUGUACAACUUCAAGAAGUAUAUAUUUCGUAUACCAAUCUGAUGGAAAAUAUUAUUCAAAGAGAGCAAGAAGCUGGAGAAGAAAGGGAAGCCUGUCCUAUUAAAUUGCCAUCUAUAAAAAUGAUCAGUUUGCAUAAAUGUCCAAAAUUGAAGACAUUUGGGUCAGAAACUCAGAGCCGAAGAAAACAAAAGAAAAUGGACCCAAAAUUGGAUUCAAGAGUCCAAGGUUCCUUAGUAGUACGAGAUUCCCCUGAUUUUCUUGGUGGAUGCCUUGAGUCGUGUGUACCACAUCGCAAGAAUUAUAAACGGGAGGUUGUGUCAGAUCAAAGCAUCAGCAAGAGAUCCAAAGGAAGCUCCUCUGUAGGGCGAACUAAACACUACAAUCAUGGACAAAUACCAAAUGAUCUUGCCAUCACAGAGGUUACAUUGACUAAGCAAGAGCAAAGUGUGACUGAAGAGACUGACAAUCAAGUAAAGAUAUGGUCUUUUAUCCAACCCAACUUGGUUGAGAGUUUGCAAACUCUAGAAGGACUUGGUAUAACUGCUUGUGAUUUAUUGGAAGUGAUAUUUCAACUGGAGGGACUGCAUGUUGAGGAAAGCCAGCUUGUCUUCGACAAUUUGACAUGGUUAAGUUUAGACUAUUUGCCGAAGCUAUUGCAUAUAUGGAAAAAAAGUCCACCAGAAAUUAGAGGCUUCGGUAACUUGAAAAUUCUACAAGUCUCAAUGUGUGGCAGUUUGAAAUACUUAAUCUCGCCAUCUGUAGCUAAACUUCUCGUGAAAUUAGAGAAAAUGAAAGUUUCGAGCUGCAGUGAAAUGGAUAAAAUCCUUGCAAAAGGAUUGGGAGGAGAAGAAGAAGAAAGAGAGGUGAUUGUAUUUCCCCGAGUGACUUCCCUCUCACUCAUGGAUUUACCAAAAUUAGAGUGUUUUUGCAACGAAGCUAAUGCUUUUGAGUGGCCGUCCCUGGAGAAAAUAAGAAUAGUUAGAUGCAACAGCUUGAAAAUGUUUGUCCCAACAGAGAUGAAAACUCCUAACCUACAAGGAGUAUAUACAGAUUAUCAAGGGGAAAGCCCACUAGUACCCAUGGUAGGAGACCUCAAUGCCACCAUACAACACAUGAUCAUCAAAGGAAAGGCCGGCUCCAAUGAUGAGGGCUCCAAUUAAAUCUAUGCUUCAUCAUCUUCUGAGUGGAUCUCGAAGGGCAUCAUAUUAUGACAAGAUCAACUUAGUACAGAUCGAUUGCAAUAUGGUUCGUAAGUGUUCUUGUCCAAGAUUGUUACUGGUUCUACAGCUCGUACCAAUCGAGUGUUGAAGUCUAGGAAUGCUGUAUGCAGUUAGCCCUUAUUAUUUCCAUCGUUUUCUAAUUAUGUAUCUAAGUAGGAAACUAUCUCUUUGUAACAGAGUCCAAGUAUACCAUGAUGACUAUAACUCUUCUUACUGUACUUGUGUAUGAAAUUCUAUAUGUUGAAGACGUGUUUC